AUGACCCAGCAGAAUCCGUAUACUUCAACCACCACUACCACCAUGGAUCCCAAACCCACCACCCUAAACUCGCUUAACCAAGCGGCCCUCAACGAAUUCGUGAAGCUCCCUGUCUCCCGCGACAUGGUCUGCCAUCUCGCCCAUCAAGCAUCACAAGUCAUCCGCUGCGAAUCACCAUCAGCAAGCCCUCAGCAACCAACACCACCCAGCACACCUCCCUCAGACGAUGCUCUGGACAACAGCGGCAUGCCUCCGCUGCCCUCAGUGGAAACCUUUAUCGCCUCCAUCGUCACCCGCUCCCAGGUCCAGGUGCCUACCCUUAUGGCCUCCCUGGUCUUCCUGGAGCGUCUACGCGCACGCCUACCACCCGUCGCCAAGGGCAUGCGCUGCACCGUGCACCGCAUCUUCCUAGCCAGUCUGAUCCUGGCCGCGAAGAACCUCAACGACUCGAGUCCUAAGAACAAGCACUGGGCGAGGUACACGGUCGUUAAGGGUUAUGAUGGGUUCGGAUUCUCGUUGCCCGAAGUGAAUCUUAUGGAGCGGCAAUUACUCUUCCUACUUGAUUGGGAAACUCGUGUUACGGAAGAUGAACUGUUCAAGCACCUCGAGCCGUUCCUGGGACCGAUUCGUCGCCGGUUCCAGCUUCAGGAGCAUGAGAGGAAGAAGAGACAGCAGGAGCUGUACAGACAAUCGCGUCUGCAGCUCUCGCCUGAAAGUCUUCGUCAUCAGACUCCGUCAACAUCGUCUCGCAAUGGCAGUCCCCGUCGACACACUGAGCACUCGCCCACUCCUGCUUCGCGGCACUCGAUGGUUGCAACGCCGUAUACGCACCGGCGUGCGAACCGCUCCAUUUCUCCCCCGUCAAUCAAGGACGUGCCUGCCCUCUCCCGCGCAGAGACAUUCACCUCGCUUAGCUCCUGCGCUUCCAGCAUGACUACUUCCUCGCGGGGUACACCAGCAUCGAUAAGCUCAUCCAACGGGGCCGACGAAGUCAUUGUCGCAGACAGCAGCAACAGCCCCCAUAUCUGCACCGCUAACUACGUGACCAUGUCCCAGAAGGCAGAUGUCAAGACGCACUCGCACUCGCACUCCCUUUCGAAUGAUGGCGUGAGCAACAAGAAGAUGCGCCUUGGUCACCACUCUGGGGGUUCGGGUCUCGUUGCGAGAUUCCUGGCGUCUGCUUCGUAUAUGGGUGGACGGAUUGGGAGAACUUAG